CUCCAACUGUCACUCUGUGUGUGCCCGUUCUCCCUCCCUCCCCUGUGUCCGUUCUCCCCCUCUUAACUGUCACCCUAUGUGUGUCUGUCCUUCCUCCUACUGUAACCCAAUGUCUCUCCUACCAUCCUGUUACCCUAUGUGUGUCUGUCCUCCCUCCCACUGUCACUCUUUGUCCGUCUACUCAUCCCGUGUGUCUGUGUCCUCCUACCCACUGUCUCCCUGUGUCCGUCCUUCCUCCUACUGUCACUCCAUGUGUGUCUGUCCUCCCUCCCUCUGUCACCCGCUGUCCGUAUACUCCUCCCGAUGUCACCCGUUGUCUUGCCACCCCCUGUGUUACCCCUUGUGUUCCUCCCCUCUCGCCCUAUGUCCGUCUAACUGUAUCUAACUGUCACCCUGUGUCUGACCUCCCUCUGACUGUUAUCCUGUGUCCAUCAUGUUGCAUCUUGGGGAUCCCUGUCAUCUUGGACCAUGUCUUUCCCUUCCCUGACUGUCAUCUUUUGUGGCUUGGCCUUCCUUCUCCCUCUGUCCCUCCAAAACAGCCACCCGCUCUUCAGCUCUUCAUCCUGAGUUCACAUCCUGGCCGCCCAGCUGGGUGCCCCUCAGUGUCUCUUGGUGGACGCUGAGGAGGUUGGCCGUGGAUCGAAGCUGCUCCUUGUGGAAUCCCAGGUUCCACCAGGCCCUUCCUCUGGCUGGUGAUUACAGAGCCCAGCCCGGCCUCUUGACAUUUUUUUUCGAGACAGCGCUGGCCCCAGGCUGGAUGGUCGGCGGCAGCUGCUUGCUUGGGGGCUGGAAUUUCUAGUUUCUCAGGAUUGUUCGAGGCCGUAGACCCAGGAAGAUUCCGGGACGAGGAGAGGGGGCAGUAGUAGCCUGGUAUGGGCAUUCAAGGUACCGUCUGUGUCCUGCUGUCAUUCCCGUUCAUCUUCAGCCCAUGUUUGGGCUGCGGGGAGGCCACGCCCGAGUGGGCCGCCCUGCUCUACUACGGACCCUUCAUUGUCAUCUUCCAGUUUGGCUGGGCGGCCACACAGAUUGCCCACCUCAGUCUCAUCCCAGAGCUGGUGACCAAUGACCACGAGAAGGUGGAGCUCACAGCCCUCAGGUACGCCUUCACCGUGGUGGCCAACAUCACAGUGUAUGGCGCCGCCUGGCUGCUGCUGCACCUGCAGGCCUCCUCGCACUCGGGCCAGGACAUCGGUGUGGGGGACCAGCUGGGAGUCGAGGAUGUGCCUGUGUUUCGGAACCUGGCCCUGCUGGUGGUGGGCCUAGGCGCCAUCUUCUCGCUGCUCUUCCACCUGGGGACCAAGGAGGGGCGCCGGCCUAGGCCCCGGGGGUCGGAGCCUGACGAGCACAGUCCCCUGGUGGCUCCAGCGGACAGACCACUGCUGCUCUGGAAACACUGGCUUCGGGAGCCAGCUUUCUAUCAGGUGGGCUUGCUGUACAUGACCACAAGGCUCAUCGUGAACCUGUCUCAGACCUACAUUGCCAUGUACCUCACCUACUCCCUCAGCCUGCCCAAGAAGUUCAUUGCCACCAUCCCCCUGGUGAUGUACUUGAGCGGCUUCUUCUCCUCCUUCCUCAUGAAGCCAGUCAACAGGCGCAUAGGGAGAAAUAUGACCUACUUCGUGGGACUGCUGGUGAUUCUGGCCUUUGCAGCCUGGGUGGCCCUGGUAGAUAAGCUGGGCGUGGCCGUGUACGGGGCCUCUGUGCUGCUGGGUGCCGGCUGUGCCACCAUCCUUGUCACCUCCCUGUCCAUGACAGCUGACCUCAUUGGGCCACACACGCACAGCGGAGCCUUCGUGUACGGUGCUAUGAGCUUUACGGAUAAGGUGGCCAACGGGCUGGCCGUCAUGGCCGUGCAGAGCCUCCACCCCUGCCCUUCCGAGCUGUGCUGUGGGGCCUGCGUCGGCUUCUACCACUGGGUGAUGGCGGCCGUGACGGGCGGCGUGGGUGUGGCCGCGGCCCUGGCUCUCUGCAGCCUCCUCAUCUGGCCCAUCCGCAUCCGGACCUGGAACCCUGGAGAGCGGCCCUGACUCCUGGCUCCCCAGGCCAACAAGACUAAUUACCAGGCAGACACCCCGGCCCCC